CCGAUACGCAAUCAGUAAACCUUUAAACCCCAAUUCACCAAAUUAAUCGAACGCCAACAAAAUAAAACCCUUCUCUUUUCUUUUCUCUUCUCUCCCAAAAAAAAUCAAUGGCAUCAAACAGCGAAAGAAAGAGAAUCAGCGACGGCAGCAACAAUGGCAGAGGCAUAAUAGCAAGAGUCACAAACACAGUUUCAGAUUCACCUAUCUACCAAAAAGGUGUUGAAACUGCUACCAAAACUGCUGACGUCACUAAGAAGCUUUUCAAGAGCACUGGCAAAGCUGCUUGGAUCGUCGGCACCACUUUCCUCGUCCUUGCUCUCCCUCUCAUCAUCGAACUUGAGCGCGACGGUCAAAUUGAUGCUAUGGAACUUCAGCAGGCUAGCCUUCUUGGCACCCCUCCUCCUGCCGCCGCCCAUUAGAUUAAUCUGGGUUUUUGGGGUUUUAGGGUUUUAAUUUUUGGUUAUAAUUUGAUCACUUUAUUGAAUUUUAUGUUGUGUUAUGAAUUUGUUGUUUAAAUGGGUUUUUGUUUCUCUAAUUUGGGUUAUUUCUAUGUUAUUUACUUUGCUGAUUGAUGUGGAUUGCUAAUCUGUUGAUGAAGCAAAGUGAAAUUCUUGGAUUUUUGUUUUAUUAAAUAAGGUUUUCUGA